AUGCACGACCCAAUAGCCGACGCAAAAGCCCAAGAAACAACUCAACAAUACACGUUCCGCAUCGCAACACCAGCCGACAUACCUUCCCUCCAACAAAUGAUCGGAGACUCGUUGCGCGCACUAGGAAAAGGGUACUACACACAAGCCGAGCUCGACGGCUCAAUAGGCUAUCUCUUCGGCCCCGACUCCGUGUUAAUCCAUGACCACACAUACUUCAUCCUCCACCCAGUCGCACAGCCUGAGACAAUAUGUGCAUGCGGUGGAUGGUCAUUUAGAAAAACGCUGUACGGCGGCGACUCUGCGCCCUCGCCCCUGCGUAUGCCAGAGAAGCGCAACCCGGCCUGUGACCGUGCCAGCAUCCGCGCCAUCUUCACUUCUCCCUCGUUCGCGCGCCGCGGGCUGGGGACCAUGAUGAUGCGGUACUGCGAGGCGCGCGCCAAAGAGGGUAAAAAGGGCGAGACGGCAGGGUUUACGAGACUGGAGAUGGGUGCUACGCUGAGUGGGGUGGCGCUUUACGAAAAGUGUGGAUAUGCCAGGAGCGGCAGAGAGGAUGUAGUUAGCUGUCCUAACGGGGAGAGUAUUAGGAUUCUGCACAUGACGAAAGAUCUGGUCGAAGAUAAGGGUCCGUAG